GCAAUUAAAUGCAACGCUGUGAUUGGUUUUGGUUUCAACUCUUCCAAGCUAACAAAUUUUUGUUAACGAAAAAAAAGUUAAAAAGAUGUCAAAAGCUGACCAGGACCCAAUUGGUUCGCUGAGCAUAAUGGAGCAAAUCAAGAUACUGAUCAAGCCACCGCCAAACGAGGAGGAGAAGCUGGUACAGCGCACCACCAACACGAAGCACCCGUACUAUAGGCGUCCUGGACGCGGCCAUAACCACGAUCUAUGUGAUGCCUGCGAGGAGGGCGGGAAUUUGCUAUGCUGCGACCGUUGCCCCUCCAGCUUUCACCUACAAUGCCAUGAUCCGCCGCUCAGCGAGGAGGAUAUACCCAGUGGUCAGUGGUUAUGCCAUAGUUGUCGCAUGGCCAAGGUGUCGCAGCCAGCGUGUUCUUCCAAGGCCAGUUCCGUGGAGCGUGUACCCUCGGCGGGCAGUGGUUCGCGCGCCAAUACACCAUCCUCCGGUGAACUGGAGUCGAUACCGCUCAAGAUUCGCAACCUGCGCAAGCGGAGCAAUAGUGAACGGAAUAGCACCGAAAAGUUGCUGGCCAAGAUGCCGUUGGCCAUACAGCGCGCUCUCGAUCCGAACAGAAAGCCCACACCGCUGGACGAUGUAAUACGUGCCGCCAGCAUGCUGAAUCCGCAGCAGUUCUCGCUGCCAGCCGAAUUGGAGCUGCACACCCAAUUCCCGGGAAAUGGUAAGGUGCAGCCGGUGCAGCCGCACACGGGCACCGGCAACGGGCAUCGUAAGCCCAACAGUCAGCGACGCAACUCCAAGCCGUUCGAGCUGGACGCACAGGGUCUGGUGCCAUUGCCGGCCAAGACGUGCUUCUAUUGCACGCGAAGCUGUAAGCGGGCGCCGCUCAUUUCGUGCGACUAUUGUCCGCUGUAUUAUCAUCAGGAUUGCCUGGAUCCGCCGCUCACCGCACUGCCCGCCGGCCUGUGGAUGUGCCCCAAUCAUGUAGAGAAUUUUAUAGAUGCCAAUAUGACCAACAGCAUUUCGGCCACGGAGCGUGUACGUUUGUGGAAUCGCUUCCAUCAGCCGCUCGAUCAUGAGAACGUCAAGAUGGAGUUCUUUCGGCGCGUCAAUACGCGGCAUCCGCCGUUCCGGAUGAAGUUGAGCAUGCGCGCCCGCGCCCACAUCGAGGUGCCGGCCAUUGUGCGCUACCAUUACGAGCAUCCGCCGGCGCUGCUGCCCUCCAUGCGGCAAACGUUGCGCUACGAUCGAGUGAAGCGGCGCAAACAGUUGCCCACGGCCGUGGAGGAUAUAUCCAGGGAGAGCGUAACCGAAUCGCUGCUUAAGGAUCUGGAGGCGUUGCGCUGUGCUCGUGCCAAGUUCCGGGAGAUACAGAAAGAGCUCGGCAACGCCCAACUCGAUGGCAGCAUCAGCGACAGCGACACGGAGAGCGGCGCCGAGCAGCAGCGGGGCAGCAACGGUGUGGCUGUCACGCCCAGUUUGAGCUCGAAGCCGGAGGCAGCUGAAACGGCGGAGUGUCCAAAUGUGAACAGUGAGCAUAAAGAGUGUAACAAGCCAACGGCCACGGAUCAGUCCAAGCCGAACAACUGUCAUGUGCAACAGGAUCGAGGCAGCCUGGAGAUUAGCUACGAGGAGGACGAGGAGGAGUGCAAAUCAUCGAGUGUCAUCAUUGAUGCGGAUCUAUGCCAUCUGGAUGUGGACAUAAUCAAGAAGCUAGCGCAUCAGCGCCUGCAGCAGCUAGUCCACGAGCAUCCCGAGAUUGUUACCCAGUAUAAGAAUCGCACGGCAGCGCGACGGCUGCGACAGCUAUCCGUGGCGGGCGCACAGCCGGAGGGCCAAACGGCGCUGCAGGGCGAUCUGGCGCCGGAAGAUAUGCGUCGCUUCUCGCUGCUGUUCACCAGCGAAACGUCCUCAAUACUCGCCCAGAAGAAUGGCAACGGCGCCGACGAGGAUCCGAUGAUGGCCCUGCAUCCGGCGCUGGCAACAGCCGCCGCGAUUGCGGCAGCCGAUACGGCCGCCGAGAGCUAUGUGCCGCGCCAGCGCAGCGACACCGAGAAGGCAUACGAGCUGGCCUCGCGGCUGGAGCUGAAGCUGUUGCAGUGCAAGGUGCGUGCCCGGGCGGUGCUGACACCGCUCGGCGAUAUGCUCGAGGAUAGCCGCUGGUUCAGCACACUGGGCCUGGAGCAAUCAAUAUUUAUGCGCUAUCGCACACUGUACAUCGGCUAUGGCGGCCACUUUACGCCCUCAACAACACUGGCCCACACGGAAACGGUCGAUCUGUCCGCUAUCGGUUAUUGUUCACGGAUCUCGCCACAGCAUGCGAUUAUAUUCUACGAUGAGUUCACCAAAUCGUACGAGCUGAUCAACUACUCGGAAUUUGGCACCGAGGUCAAUGGCCAGCUAUACACAUGCGAUCUCACCGAGUAUGCGCCCACACAUGCCGGCAAACGGAUGCGGCCCGAUGAUGCCGAACUGAAGCGACGCGUCGACGAUCUGCUCGACAAGCGGCGGCACAUACAGCGCCAGUACGAGCCAAAGCGUGAGGCGCACGCCAGCAGACUGGCGCCAAUUGUGAAACCCGCCUGUCGCUGCCAAAGCGCCUCGCCCGUGCGCAUGGUGCCCGGCGCCUGGGAGGGCUCCGCUGUGCUGGCCCAUGGCAGCCUGUUGCGUUUCGGCUGCCUCUCGUUUGUGUUCUCGGUGCCAUCGACGGAUAUGAUGAACGCGCGGCUGGCCAGUGCCAAGUGAGCCGGCCCUAGAGAGGAUCACACCAAACAAUAUACUCCAAGCGGCGCAGCUAGCAACCAUGCAAAUCAAUCUCAGUGAUCGGCGAUCGAUCGCAACACACAGCCAGCAGCCCAAAAUGCCGGGAAUAUAUUCCAUCCCCUCCCCCUUAAAGCAUAAUUCAAUAUACAAUAUACAAUAUAACAUAUACAAUAUAGAGUUAAACAUAAGUCGGGCCAGCCCGAGUCCAAUUAAAUACCGUACGAAUUAGACGGAGAAAGGGUGCAGGAGCGAGAGAGAUAGUACGUGAGUGAGUGAGAGGGAGAGCGAGAGCGAGAGAGAAGUAUGGGAAAAGCAUCAUGCUCUACCUUUCGGUAGCUAUAAAUUAAGAUAGAUUGCGUUUUAGAACAGUUUUUUUUUUUUUAUUACAUGUUUUUAUUACUAGAGUAUACUCAAAAUCGUCGAAGUUCUUUUCUCAUUCAUUCACUCAUCCAUCCAUCCAUAAGCUUUAUCAUCAAAUUCCUCUUUCUCUUCUUCUGUAGUUGUAUAAAGGAGCAUAACAAAAAAAAUAAAAAUUCAAAUAACGAGUUGUAAGGAAAUGGA